CACAAAACAGUCGCCAAAUAGAUUGCACAGGGCGCGGAACCCACAAGCCGAUCUUACCUUAAUUGACAAUUGUUACUUUAAUUGAAAACAAUUUUUAUUUUUUUUUUGGUUUUUAUUACGCUCGCAAAUGUUGCAAGUGUGCCUCGUGUUAUUUGUGCUAAGCGCUUGCGCACUCGCUGCACCUUCCCAGUCGCAGUUGCCGUCGCAGCAGCAGCAGCAGCGCUCCAGCGAUUUGGACUACUCGCCCAUUCAGACAGUGACCAAUGAGACUCGCUUUACGACACUUAAUCCGAGCGUGCAAUUGGUCCCCCUGAAGAAAGUUAAGCAUGCCAAGGGCAACAUUGUAUUCAGUGCCGGGGAGCGUAUUACGGGCGAUAAGCUGUUGGUCAAUAACUAUGAUGACGAGAGCUUCACCACUGCCGUUGAUGUUGAGGUGCAGAUGCGUUAUCCAUCAUCCAGCGGGAUCAGCAUCACCUUGACCAGCAUUGAGAUCUAUGUGGACGCAUCGGCCGAUGAUGCGAACGCCUAUUUCAUAGAUGGCGGCAUUGGCAAACACAAGGCAUCGAUAUUGUUGGACUGUAAUUUGACGCGAACAUUCUCGUACGAGGCUUUCUUCUAUGGUUACUAGGCUAGAGAGCUAAUUGAAGCAAAUAAAACUGCAUCUUCAACUUGGAA